GGUGGCUUUGUUUGACCAGUUACUUGUUCAACACGGAACUUGUCCAAUACGUUUAACUUGAGUUGGGGUUUAAAAAGACUGAUCCCCCUUUUGGGAUAUUCACAACCCACGCUGAUUCAGUCCAUAUUAUUCCCUAAUUAGUUUAGUUAAUAAAGAUUCAUCAUCUUCUGGUAUAUUUAGUGAUCGUAAAGAUAUGGGUGUGCCAUCUUCAAACGAAACACGUGCAUUUGCUGAAGAAAUUUUCCAGAAAGUUGAACAUAAGAGUUCUGGAUCAAAUCUUUAUCGACAACAAGAAGAGGCUGCAUCAAUGCUAACCAGGAAGCAGAGGAUCACUUGCACGCUAUUGGAGGCAGAUGACGAUGAUGGGAAAGAUGGUGGCUCUGUUUCUGUUGUCGAUAAAGAUGUGAAAAGAUUUAGGAAGAGGAGCGAAAACCCAUAUGAUGAUGAUGAUGAGGGUUCUGGAAGUUUGAAACAAGAAAGAAGGGUCAAACAAAAAGCUUCUCAUGACAAAUCAGAUGAUUCUGAAUCUGAAGAAGAAAGAUUGCGUGACCAAACAGAACGAGAAGAUUUGGAGCGCCGUUUAAGGGAAAAAGAUGCAUCAGGAAUAAGAAAGCUGACUGAACAGAAGUUGUCUAAGAGGGAUGAAAAAGAAGCAAUAAGGAGAGCCAAUGCCUUGAAAGAUGAUGACAUUCGAGCUUUAAGAAAAGUUUCGAGGCAAGAGUAUCUCAAGAAAAGGGAGCAGAAGAAAAUGGAGGAAAUCAAAGAUGAUAUAGAAGAUGAAGAGUAUCUAUUUGAGGGCUUCAAGCUAACUGAAGCCAAACAACGUGAGCUAAGAUACAAGAAACAAGUAUAUGGGCUAGUCAAGAAGCGGUCACAAGUGGAUGAUAAUGUCAAUGAGUAUCAUAUGCCUGAUGCAUAUGAUGAAGAAGGCGGAGUCAAUCAAGAGAAAAGAUUUGCUGUAGCUUUGGAGCGAUACAUAGAUUCAAAAGAUGGAGAUAAGAUGAAUCUGUUUGCCGAACAAGAAGCAUGGGAGGAUCAUCAGAUUAAAAAAGCAACGCUAAAAUUUCGAUCAAAAAACAAAAAGCAAUCUGACGAUUAUAACUUUGUGUUUGAGGACCAGAUUGAGUUCAUACAGGAACAAGUCAUGGGUGGUGUAAAUGUUGAUGAAGAGGAAGAGGAAGAACAUGAAAGAUCCAUAGCAAAAUCAGCACACGAGAAGCUUCUUGCAGACAGAAAAACUUUACCUGUGUAUCCGUAUCGAGAGUCUUUGCUAAAAGCUGUUGAAGAUCAUCAGGUUCUUAUGAUUGUUGGUGAAACUGGUUCAGGGAAGACGACUCAAAUACCACAAUAUCUUCAUGAGGCUGGAUACACAAAACAUGGGAUGAUCGGAUGCACACAGCCAAGAAGAGUUGCUGCCAUGAGUGUUGCUGCAAGAGUUUCUCAAGAAAUGAAUGUCAAACUUGGUCAUGAGGUUGGGUGAACCUGAUCUUAAAAGUUACAGUGUGGUGAUGGUGGAUGAGGCUCAUGAAAGAACAUUAUCAACGGAUCUCUUGUUUGGUUUACUUAAGCAGAUCGCACGCUUCCGCCCUGAUAUCAAGUUGCUGAUCUCAAGUGCCACUCUCGAUGCAGAAAAGUUCAGCGACUACUUUGAUUGUGCCCCAAUUUUUAGAAUUCCAGGAAGGCGAUUUCCUGUUGAGAUUAACUACACGAAAGUACCAGAGGCCGAUUACCUUGAUGCAGCAAUUGCCACAGCUCUUCAAAUCCAUGUCAAUGAACCCCCUGGAGAUGGCGACAUUUUGGUCUUUCUCACGGGUCAAGAGGAAAUCGAAACAGCCCAAGAGAUCCUAAAACAGAGAACACGUGGUUUAGGAAGUAAAAUAUCUGAAUUAGUAAUAUGCCCGAUUUAUGCAAAUCUCCCAACCGAGCUUCAAGCAAAAGUAUUCGAACCAACUCCUCAAGGGGCACGGAAAGUGGUUCUUGCCACCAACAUUGCAGAAACAUCAUUAACAAUCGAUGGAAUCAAAUACGUUAUCGACCCGGGAUUCGUGAAAAUGAAUUUUUACGACCCGCGAACCGGAAUGGAAUCGUUAAAGAUUAUCCCAAUUUCAAAAGCAUCAGCAAAUCAACGGGCGGGUCGAUCGGGUAGAACGGGUCCCGGGAAGUGCUUCAGGUUGUACACGGCUUACACUUACUAUAACGAAUUGGACAACAAUUCUGUCCCCGAGAUCCAAAGGACAAAUCUGGCAAAUGUUGUUUUGAGCUUAACAAGUCUUGGAAUCGAUGAUUUGUUGAAUUUUGAUUUUAUGGAUCCACCACCAUCUGAGGCGGUGCUUAAAGCUUUGGAGCUGCUGUUUGCGUUGGGUGCACUUAAUAAAUAUGGGGAGUUGACAAAAGUUGGGAGGAAAAUGGCGGAAUUCCCACUUGACCCGAUGAUGUCGAAGAUGAUUGUGGCAUCUGAUAAAUACAAAUGUUCAGAUGAGAUAAUUACGAUUGCUGCCAUGUUGUCGAUUGAAAACUCAGUGUUUUAUCGGCCAAAGAAUAAACAAGUCCAUGCUGAUAAUGCCCGUUUGAAUUUUCAUACAGUUGAGGAGUAUGAAACGAGGACGUGACAUAAGAGAUCAACUGAAGGGGAUUGUGGAAAGGGUUGAGAUCGAAUUGGUGUCAAACUCAGGGGACUUGGAUGCAAUUUACAAGUGCAUAACAUCAGGAUACUUCCCACACUCAGCAAAGUUGCAAAAGAAUGGAUGCUAUAGAAGUGUUAAACAUCCGCAGACUGUUUAUAUCCACCCAAGCUCUGGUUUAUGUGAGGCGCUUCCAAUGUGGGUGGUAUAUCAUGAACUGGUACUGACAACUAAGGAGUACGUACGACAGGUCAGCGAGAUAAAACCCGAGUGGCUUGUGGAGAUAGCACCUCAUUAUUAUGAACUAAAGGAUGUUGAAGAUUUGGGUUCAAAGAAAUUGCCUCGUGGGAAAGGGCGUGCAUCUAAACUCUAAAGACUACUGACCAUGAUUUGAAGAAAAAAUGGGAAAUAUGAUGUUUGAUGCUAUAAAUACACUUUUUAAAUGGCAAGACUAAACAAAGUGAAUAAUGGUCUUGUUUUUCUGUUUUGCAGAUGGAAGAGGAUCCUGGACGUUGAAUGGUGCGAUUUGUUGUUGGCACAUGCAUAUCAGCUGUAAGAGGGGCCCUAGUACCACC